AUGGCCGACGACACCGAGAAGGCGAUCAUCUACGCCUUCGAUCAAUCCGGGGCGGUUGCCGCGGACCUGCGCGAGCGGGCGCUGAGCUACCUCCGCGACCUGCAGGCGUCGCCCGACGGAUGGAAGCAGUGCGUGCCGCGGUACCAGUCCACCGCCUACCCCGAGGUCCGCUUCUGGUGCCUGCAGACGCUCGCGGAGGCGGUGCGUUUACAUCACGCGUCCCUCUCCGACCAAGACGCGUCCGCCCUCCGCGCGCACGUCGCGUCGUGGAUCCACGACGCCGCCACGCGCACCGACCCGGCCACGGCCGUGCCCGCGUUCAUCAAGAACAAACUCGCGCAGGUCUGCGCGAGGCUGGCGGGUGCCGAGUACCCCGCGCGAUGGCCGUCGUUCUUCGCCGAUCUGCUGCAGCUCGCCGCUAACGCCGGGGACGGCGGCCUGGACGCGCUCGUCAGGGUCCUCGACGCCGUGGACGACGAGGUGAUCAGCUCGGGCGAUACCCAGCACGCCGGACAGGGGGCGGGUGUUCGCGAUGGGAAUUCUAAUUCACGCGGAGGCGGCGCCAAUACCCACGAGGUUCCGGCGAGCGUACGCGUGAAGGACGCCAUGCGAGCGGAGCCGGGGUUGCUCCCGCGGAUCGUCGACGCCCUCCGCGCCGUCAUCGCGUCGGGGCUGGAGCGAGCGAGCGCGGGGCCCGGCCGGGCGGCGCUCGCGGAGGCGGCGGCCGGCUGCGCGCGAAGGUACGCCGAAUGGGUCGACGUGUCCCUCUUCGCCGACGCCGCGUUCGUUCGGACGAUUAACGCGAUGCUCGCGAGCGCGGAUCACGGGUUGCGAGGCGGCGGGUGCGAUUUCCUCGCCGCGCUGACGCACAAGGGGAUGGACCACGGCGCCAAGGUGGGGUUGAUCGCGCGGUUGGACCUCGUAAACGUGUCGCGUAUGGCGCUGAAUGGGUCGCUGAAUGGCGCUAAUAAUAGGGCGGAUGGCGACGACGACGACGCGGAGGAGAGCGAGGGUAAGGCGGCGGCGCUGGCGGCGGCGGUCGGCGGCGAGCUCCUAUCCUGCCUCCGCGCGGAGGCGGCGUCGCACGCGGGCGCCGAGGCGAACGAACCGCACGCGCCACCCCCGCCCAAGGAUGCGUGCGACGCGGCGGCGCGGAUGGUGGACGAGCUCAUGCCCGCGGCCGUCGCCGCGCUCUGUUCCCGUCACGAAUCGACGACGAUGGCGAUCGUACCCCUCGCCACCGCGUACGUGAACAGGCUCAAGGACGCGCACGCGUUAAAGUUGAUGCCGGCGUCGAGCGCGGCGAACGCGGAGGGAACGCUGAGGGCGUUGCUCGACGCCGUCAUUCGAAGGUCGUCGUUUCCGGAUGAGUCCAUCGUCGGGGUCGAUUUCGGCGACGGGGACGAUGUGGCGACGAGGGAGUGCGAGGCGGACGCCGUGGCGAUGCGGCAGGAGUUGGCGGUGCUGUUCAGGGCCAUCGCGCGGCUGGCGCCCCACCUGGCGCUGGGCGCGGUGCGGGGCGCGUUGGCCAGGGCGCUCGAAGGUGUCGGCGGCGGCGACGAGCCCGUUCGGUGGCAGACGGUGGAGACGGCGCUCGGGGCGUUGCACCUCGUCGGCGAGGGCGCGCACGACGGGGCGGUGAAGCCCGGGGUGGAGGAAUCGCCGUUGGGCGAGUUGGUGGAGAUGCUCCUCGGGGCGUGGGACGUCCUGGGUUCCAAGUCGCCAGAGGUGGCGGCGCACAGGCUCGUCGCGCCCGCGUUGCUCGAGAUUUGCGUAAGGUACCACCUCGCGGUGGAGCGGCGACCGGAGCAGCUGCUUCGACCGGCGCUGGCGGCGUUUUUGGACGGCAGAGGGGUGGCGCACCGUUCGCGCGAGGUGAGCCGACGCGCGUGUUACCUCUUCUGCAGGUUCGUCAAGCCCACGCGGGGGCAGAUUUUGAGCCACGGCGCGCUGCCCGGGGUGAUGGCGGCGCUGGAGCCGGCGCUGAUGGACGCGGCCGUCCCGGAUUCUUUUGCGAAUUCGUCGAGCUCCGCGAAUUCCUCCGUCGGUUCUUCGUUCACCGGCGGCGGCACCGGCGGAGCCAUGGCGACCGCGGGCAACGACGACCGACUCUACGUCUUCGAGGCUUUCGGGCUGUUGCUCGGGAUCGACGACGUGCCGGACGACCUGCGGAUCCGAUGCCUGGAAGCCGUGUUCGCGCGUCUCCGGGGGGCGGUGGAGGCGGCGUCGAGUACGGCGGAGCCGGCGAACCAAAACCUAAACCCCGCCGCGGCGCAGCACGCCAUCGUGGCCAUGGGAAACGUGGCGAAGGGCUUCACCCUCCGCGUCGCCACGCAGACGUCGCCGAGGGUUGGCGAGAUAUUGGCCUCGGGUCUGGACCCCGCGCUGCGUUGCGUCCAGCUGUGGCCGCGGGACCCGCUGACGCGACAGCGCGUCGUCGCGUAUUUUCAGCGGUUGGUCACCACCGUCGGGCCCGCGGUGUUCCCUUACGCGUCGCCGCUGCUGGAGCACAUGCGAUGCGGUUCGCCGUCCGCCGCCGAACUCCGCGAGUGCCUCGUGCUGAUCAACCAGUUGAUGGCAUCGUUCAAGGAGUCGCUCGCGCCUUUCCUGGCGACGCAGUUGCCGCCGCUCGUGACACAAAUCGCACAAGCGCUGGCUCCCUUCGCCGCGCCCGGCGGGGGAGUCAACGGCGUGUGCGGCCUGUUCCUGGACGGCGCGUCUCAGAUCAACCCGUCGUUGGUGGGCACGGCAGGGAACACCGAAGAGGCGAGGGAGGCGAGAGAUUUGGAAAAGAUUUUCGUCGCGCACGCGCACGGCGUGGCGGCGAAUAACCUCGCCGGCGUGCUCGUCGCCGACCCGAGGCUGCGCGAGUGCUUCCUGGAGACGCUCGCGGCGGCCGCCGCCGGGCACCCCUCGGCGAUGAGCCGCAAGUCCGCGCUUCAGGCGCUCAUACGCGUCGCGCAGUGUUGGCUCCCGACGGCGGAGGAUGUCGCCACGGGGUUGGUCGCCAAAGAGGGCCCGGUGCAGGGGUUUGCGGCGUUCGCGGUGUCGAGGGUGGCGAAGGAGGCGUGCGUCGACGCGGUGAUGCGCGGUGAUCUGGACCCGAGGGACGCGGGUUGCGCCGCCGCCGUCGCGGAGACUGUGAACUUUACGCGGGUGAUGCUCGAGCGGUUGGGGAACGAGUUUGCCAAUCACCUGAGGGUGAACCUGCUCGGCGCGAACUGGGGGCUGGACCCCGAGAGCCACGGCCGGGAGUACGUCAGGCGGGUGACGAGCACGACGCAGAACAGCGCGAGGGAGGCGAGGGCGUUUGUGGCGGAGUGCGCCAAGAUUGCGCAGGGGAAGAACCCGGGGGUGGCGAGCAACAAGUGCACGCCCGGGAUGUGA